AUGACUUCAAACCAACCAACCGAGUUGCCUCCCUCCUACGAUCAAGUCAGUGGCGGAUCUCGCCCUGGCGUCUCCUCCAUCACCUCUAACACUGUUGGUGGUGCCUCUUCAUCCACUGGCACACACCUCGGUGUACCGCACGAAGACGCAGCAUCAGCCCGCAAGUCGAUGGAAGACAUGCUCCGUCCCCUCCCCAAAGGUUGGAUCCGUCAAUACGACCCUUCCACCCACCACAAUUUCUUCGUUGAUACCCUUGCAAGCCCACCUCGUUCCAUCUGGACCCAUCCCUACGAUGAUGAGCAGUUCCAGCGCCAACAUCCGGAAGAAGUGCAAAGGGAACGAGAGAGGGUCGAGAAAGAACACAUGGUUCAUGCUGAUACUGAUGACGAGGAUGAUCUUCCUCACUCGUCCACCUCCAAGUCUCACUCCACUUCGCACCACAACACUGGUGCUGUAGCUGGUGACAGCUCCAGCGGCACCCAGCCCAAAGGACUCAAAAAGUUCGGAAGGAAUCUCAAAGACAAAAUGACAAACACCACCCAUUCCGAGCGAGAAGCUAAACGUCAAGCUCAAAGAGAAGCUGAACAACGUGCAAUUCAGCAACAUGCUGCGAUCCGACAAGCGCUAGUCACCGCCACCAGAACCGGUCAACCGCAGUUGGUCGGACGUGACAAGCAGGGGAGGGAAAUCUUCGCCCAGCCUCCACCUUCAGGUGCGUUUGGUUAUGGUGCAACAUUAGGAUACGGCCCAUAUCAAACUUUCGAUGGUCCGUACGGAAGUUACGGUCCAUACGCAAGACCAAUGGGUCCGUACAGGAGACCAGGGUACGGCGGCGGUGGAAUGGCAAUGCCGUUGUUAGGUGGUAUGUUGUUGGGUGGCCUGCUUUUCUAA